UUUACAGGCGAUGUAAGGCUUACCGAUGGAGGUGCACCAAAUCAGGGACGAAUAGAGUUCUAUUUCAAUGAAACUUGGUGGACACUCUGUUCCAGUUACCUUGGUGGUGACGCACACGGUACAGUGUGUCGAAAGCUUGGUUAUAGUUGGGCAACACGACACUAUGGGGAUAGUGAAUUUGGCGCUGGUAACUUGUCAGUUUUAUACACGUCAUUUUACUGCCACGAUGGUGCUUCCUCCUUGCUCAACUGCAGUCAGUACCAAGAACACGGAGAGUGUCACAGUGGAGUGGUAGGAGUUGUUUGUGAUGAGAUGGUAUUUGCAGGUAAUUAA